GUCAUGAAGCUCAGAUGCUCUGUUACUGUGCAUCCAGUAUCCCCCAUGUAGGGCGCAGACCACAUGGGCACCGUCAAACGUCAAGGUUAGAUUCGUGAUUCUGCCUCGCAUUCAACUUGCCAUAAGGCUGGUAUAAUCCCACCUGACGGGCCGUGUCCAGAAACACAAACGUACGUCUACCCCACUGGUACUCUCCGCAUCAGAUGUUGCCUUUCCGUUGUUGAACAUGACCCAUCGGUCUUCCAAAACCCAUCAACCCAAGACGACGACCAUCUCACGAAGACUUAGGGACCGUGCCGACCAGAACUUAUCUGUUCAGCCACCAGAAAUUCCACAAAUAAGAGGAGCUCGCUCCCACCGUGCCGCAGACUUGCCAACGCCCCGCCACAAUUCCAUUGAUUAUCAGACGCCCGGGUCGCACCCACUUCCACUAGCCUGGAAUACUUCACACGUUCUCGAAGACAUCCCACCUAACAACACCUUCCAUUUAUUGGAAUCUGACCACGACCCGUCUCCCAAUCCUUCUUUUGCGCAAGCAUUAGAUUUCUCGCAUCACGAGUCCCUUCAAGGUUCCAACUCCGAACUCGAGUCAAGUGUCAACCUUCGAGCGGCGCACAUUUCACACGACCAGCCCACACGAGCACCCGCUCUUGUCUCAUCGCCAGUAUCUUCCAUUUCUGGUAGCAACGACCUCGAGCUACAGUUGUCGGCAGACCUCGAGCAGCCGAACAGAUCGUCUCUAGAAUUGCAAGAUAUGAGCACCUUGGGCUUCAUGAUGCCAUCUUCGCAGUACGGUAUGGGUCAUUACGGCUCUCCACAGACCUCUUACUCAUCAGGCUAUCCACCGCUGCAAUCUUACGCGGAGCCAAGGUCUUCAAACUCAAAUCCAUACAGCUCAUCUUAUGCUUCAAGUCCAGUGCACAACGAAAGUCAGCAAAGAAGACCUGAUCAACACCCUAUUUUGCCGCCAUACCAGCCCCAGCACCCAUCACUUCCACGGAGUCCGUACCAGCAGCAACAGUCUACCGAUCUUUUGCGAGGCCAUGCAUCUCCUAUGGCUCCUUCGGCACAUUCUUACACGUAUUCAGCGCCCCAUAAUAGCGUCCCGGCUCAGUCACUGGGUAGUAACACCUACUCAUCUUCACAACCGUACCCAGCAACUACUUAUGGUUCCAACGAGUAUCACCCUCUACCAACGAUGUACCCACCAACGACCACGACACCUGCCGUGUAUCCUUCGUACGAGUCUUCGCAGAGUGCUCCACCACCCAGUGGCUCAGUACCUGCACUGUCUUCAUCACCGAGCACGCAAGGUAAUUCAGUAAUGCCACGUGUUGUGAAUUCCCGACCAAAGCCGCAGUGUUGGGAACACGGGUGCAAUGGACGGCAGUUCUCUACGUUCAGUAACCUUCUGCGACAUCAACGGGAGAAAUCAGGAACUGCGUCGAAAAGUUCCUGCCCCAGAUGUGGAGCUGAGUUCACACGUACUACUGCAAGGAAUGGACAUAUGGCGCAUGAUAAAUGCAAGCCAAGAAGAGCAUCAGAAGCAAGCGGAUAGAUGAAGUCGCAUCUCACUGUUUGAUCUACCUAGAACUAUCCGUGUCGCGAGGGGCAGAAGUAGAGUAUCGCUCCGUCUGAGCGAACACGCCGAGUGCAAAAUGGCACAGUAUGGUCCUAGGCACCGAGCCCUGGCCCACGACGAAGAUAUGGACGCACCGAAGCGGAGGCACGCCGGUAGGCGACUGUACCAGCCGGGGGCCACCCAAGGGCCCAGAAUCUUCGAUUCAGUCGCUACAGGGCGCGUAUGGACUGCGCGAAAACCAUACUUACAAGUCGCUGCACACAUGUU